AAUAAAUUAUAGGUUAUGUUUUCUUUUAGGUUAAGGCGGUAAAUAAUAAGCGAAAUGGAAGAAUUCGAAGAAAAUAACGAAGAAAUAAGAGUUUUAGAAGAAAACGUUCCAUUAGAAAAUGAAUUUACCGAGGAAACGCAAAAAUCUUCGAAAAAUAAGGAAUCUCACGCAAAUCAAGAACGAAAAUUAUUAAGGUUACCUUUGUGGAAAGUAAAAAGGAUUAUGAAAAUCGAUCCCGAUGUUCAAGUUGUUAAUAAAGAGGCUGCUUUUUUAGUCACAAAAGCUACAGAGUUAUUUAUUCAGUAUUUAACUAAAAGCGUUCAUAAACAUAUGGAUAGCAAACGAAAAACUAUUAUGAAAAAAGAUUUUGAUGCUGCUGUUAAUGAUGAACCUAAUUUAUGUUUUUUAGAUGGUACAAUGGCUCAUUUAUAAAUAAUUUUUGUUUCGGUUAAAUUGUAGAAAAGUAAUAAUAAAAUGUACAUACACAACCUUAAUAAAACUACAGUAAAACCUUGA